UCUCUCCCCUAUAUUUCCCUUAAAGUCAGGAACAGUUGAGAGAGAUAGAGAGAGGGCAUGUGUUACAGUUAGGUGUCUUUUCUAUUCUUUUUUUUUUCUUUGACAGGUUCCGAGGAGGCUUGCCUGCUUCACCGUUGGAACGACAAGCAAAGUGUUUGGUACAGAGGUGUUGGAGUUUGAAAUCUAUAAAUUUGAACUUAACAAGUCAAUUUGUGGAAAGUGAUGGAGGUAUAUGGCAAAUCUAUGGUGGCUGGACCCACAAAAGUUAUUUUUCUGUCAACCAUGCUAGGCCGAGACGGGCCAGUAUCAGUCCACAAAUGUGACUGGAAAUGUGAAAAUGAACAUGUUUUUGGAAAUAUGUACCGGUGUAAACUAACAGGACUGACUCACAUAUGUGACAAAAACUGUAACCAGAGAAUUUUGUAUGAUAAUCAUAGCUCCCUUUGCAGAGCAAGUGGGCAAAUUUUCCCCCUUACACCCAUGGAGCAACAGGCAGUUAGAGGCGUCCGAAGGAAGCCUGAGGAGGAGAAUUCCCCCACUCAUAGCUGUGCUAUUAAGCGUAGACGGGAUGCACAGUUCCAUCCUUCUCCUUUUGAGAAGUCCUUCUCUGCUGUCAGUCCAAUCUGCAGCCAAGUUGGAGAUGGCAUGGAUAUGAGCUAGAUUUAUAAUAUAACUGACAAGACUUCUAUCAUUUUGCUUAAUCAUGUUCCUUCAAAUUGUUUCUUCUCUUUUCAUGAGACAGUUAUGGAUAAUAGAAUCUAAUUUGCGUAGCUCAAUGAUGGAUCAGAUGUGUCCUACGGAACUUUAUAUAUAUCUAGUCUGAUUUAAUGCAAUUUAUUUCUUCCAGUACUUUCACUAUUGAAUGGGGAUGUCAAACAGCCUCUGUUCACUUGUUUAACUUAAAAUGAAUUUUGUUUCUUUUUCUGCUGGUCUGAGAUUUAAACUAUAAUUGCUAGAGGCAGCUUUCAGGUCUUUUGUGACACUUGAAUCAUGGUUUUGCUUCAAAAUUGCUGUGAUGAUUCUUGUGGUGUACUUAUAUUUGACUUUUUUCCUACCUUUCUAUGAUUACUUUUUAGUGGUUCUUCAUCUUUUAGUAAAUUGCAUGGUAGAAACUUAAUUUGUAUUCAGAUGUAUUAUAUUUAGCUAUGAGAUUACCUUUAUAUUGACGCUCUGAUAUUAAUAAUUCUCUAUAGAUGGUAGAUCCAUCUACAAAGUUUUCUCAAAUUCUGUAUUCUGAUGGAAUGCUUUUAUUAUUUACAGAAAGCUUAACUUAGUUAUGUUGCCUUACUUUGCCUACCUUUGCAGGUUGAAAAGGAAUGAUUUGGUUUAUACCCCCCCCCCCCAUAUUUCAUUUUUGUUCUUUUUGUUAGUUUUUGCUUCACUUUUGUUAUUCUGAAGUGAUUGUUAAUUUUGCAGGUUUCAAGAGUGUACUAUACCGGAGCGAUUAAGAAGUGUUUGUUGCUUCAAUGGAUCGAUUCUUCUGUUUUAAAAAUUCCAUGAGUCAUAGAACCUAGUAUUUUUUGUAUGAUCAAUAUUCCUAUGUCAUGUAGGUAAUCACACCCUAUUUCUUGGAGACAAAACUGCACCAGGUAAUCCUGCCCUUUUUAUGGGAGACAAACUGAACCAGGUAAUGCUGAUGAACUGAAGAAAAUGGUAUCAUGUCUGACCAAUUCAAGCAUGUGGAUAAGGAAGUAUAGGCAUUUAGGUUGGACCGGUACAGCUGCAGUGGAGAGUCUGCCAACCCAAAGGCAUGCCACAUUCAUUGUAUAUGACAAUUUUUAGGAGGGCAUGUCCAAGGUCUUAGAGCUAUGCUUUUGACGAUGUGACGAGCACUUUUACAUGCAAGGCUAAUGAUCAUGCCAUUUUUCUAUUCUAGUGUUGACGGAAUAAUUCGUGAUGCAGGACGAAAAAACUGUAGGAUGCAUUUGCAGCUCCAAUUCAAGAGUAGAGUGGCGGGGAUGUUGUGGGGAUGGUUUCUUCGUAAAUCAUCCUUCUCCCCCUUCCAAUGCCCAUUUUUACAGUCAUCUUGAGUUUGCUUUUGUGAACAUAGACUAUUUGUCUACCAGCCUUUAACACCUCCUCACUUACGCCUUUGAAGUGAAAUCUGAAUGAAUCAAGCAGGGGACUGCUAAAAGGAGAAACAAAGAACUAGAAGGCUUAUCGUUUGUAGAUUUUCAGCUGGUGCAUGAGCGGUGCUUAUUUUAUCAAAAUGUCCUUUCCCAUGUAUUUCAAUUGGACAAUGCUUCUGACAGUCCUGGAAUUGAAGGAUGCAGGAAGCCAACUUUUAUUGAAAGUUUUACAAAUUGUAUCAGUUUAAAAUGUUCAUUUCUGGGUAAUCAGGUUGGCAAGCUGGUAAUGAGCCCAGUAAAUGUUCAUUAUUUAGAUAACUAAAGCAAAUGAACGUAUUUUGAGUACA